GUAGAUAACUGUUUAAUUAUUGAAAUGAAUAUCAAUAAUAUAGUAGUUAAAAACAACUACAUGGUCAGCAUGUGUUAGGAACCCAAGACACACCAUGCCGGACCACCAAGCCAUAUAGCAUGUCGCUUUGUUAUAAUUGCAGGACUCAUCAUAAAUAAAACAUCAGCCCAGAACGAGAACUUUGUUGUUCCUGUGACAUUAUGGCGCCCAACGUGGGGCUGAUGUAGGAAUGAAGACCUGUGGCUUGUGUGGCCGUGACGUCAUCGUAUCCCUGUGGUUGUAAUCACAGCAGCUGCAGUCUCCGCAUGGAUGGAGCAAUUCUUUUCUCGUGCUGAGAUAUUCAGUUGGAAGUGGUAGGGCCCGUACCCCAUGGGGAAAUUAUGAUUGACAUCGCCGGCAUCAUGUGUACACUCGCGUUAUCGCGUUCGCGUUCCAAAGUUGGUUGUUGUUCUUUUGGUUUUCUUUUUUCUUUUUGUGCCAGGACAAUAACUUUCUGUUCAGGGACUUCGCUGAGGUGCAAGUGACUUUAUACUUUUCAUUGUGUUUACUUGACAUUGUGAUGUCAGCAUGUGACUUUGCAUUACCUUUGCUAGAUAAUUUUGUCAGCAUGUGACAUUGUUCUAGUCGGCAAAGUGAAGAUUGUGUUUGUUGCAGCCAUGGCUACUGGUGGGAAAGAGGACUGGGAAGGCUUGAAGGAGGAAGAGGGACACAUUGGCCGUGAGGAUCUCCAGAAAAUGAUCAGGUUUAUGGAAACAUCUGGCUACCGUGUGCUUCCACCAAGUUCAACACCUCACCAGGUGGCAAGUCAUUCCUUUUCUUCUUCACCUAGUACACAUUAUGUGCAGCCACCUCGUAUUUCAACAUUUUCUGGCAGUGAUGCUAAGGGGGAAUCAUCCUUCGAGAGUUGGGUUUUUGAGGUCAAAUGCUUGCUUAGAGAUAGAGAUUAUCCCACUUCCAUCCUAACUCAGGCUGUUCGGAAAUCUCUUAAAGGGGAGGCUGGAAAAGUUGUUCUCUUACUUGGAGAAUCUGCCUCAGUUGAGGAAAUCUUGGCUAAACUGGAUAGCAUAUAUGGUGUCGUUAGUUCAGCUGAUACACUUCUUCAGGAUUUUUUCACUGAUUGUCAGAAGGAUAGUGAGUCCGUGGCAACGUGGGCUUGUAGGCUUGAGGACACAUUGAUGAAAGUUAAGAUGAAGGGCGACUUCAUAAAUGAAGGAUCCGGGGAUUGCAUUCUAAAGACAAAGUUUUGGAGUGGUUUAAAAAAUGACAGGCUUAAGGAUGCCACGCGUCACAAAUUUGAUGAUUGUACAGAUUUUGAUUCUCUGCUUCGUGUUGUUCGAGAAACAGAACAAGAGCUCACUGGGUCUAAUAGGGUUAAGGACUCUAAACAGAAGAAGCCUCAAGUUCAUUCUCAGGUUGUUGAUGCAGAUAUAUCUCAAUACUUGAAGGAUAUUAUCAAGAGAUUAGAGAACUUAGAGAAAAAUCAGAUAAGUUCAAAUCAACAUAAAUCAUCAAAAUUGGAGAAGGAUGUUGGGGAGAUUGUAACUAGAUUAACAAAACUUGAGUCCAAAGUUGGAAAAGUUACUCAAUCUGGUAGUAACUCUGGAAAUUCUAGUUCGUGUUGUAGUGGCCAGGGUCGUGGUAGAGGUAUGGUCAGUAACCGGGCUUUAAACCAGUCUUGA